AUGGGCCCCUCUCCUGAGUCCAAUUUGAAGAAAUUGAAUUCAAGGGUCUUUCUAUCUGAGCCAUCGGGUUCACAUUUCGCAGCAGAUGGUCGAGGAACGGCGACCAUUGACCCACCAGGAGUCAUUAUCCUGUUCGCAUGGAUGGAUGCACAGCUCGUUCACGUUCAGAAAUAUUCGAACGCCCUGCGGGCGCUUUUCCCUAGCUCGACCAUGCUCGUGGUUAUGGUAACGUCGAGCUUUUGCUGGAUUACCCGGGGAAGAAAGGAGGCGGCACUUGAGCCAGUCAUGGCCACACUCGUUCGGGAGAAAGAGAGCGGUAAUUUGCAGAAAGGGAUCCUGAUACAUGCGAUGUCAAAUGGCGGUGGAUUUCAGCUCUCCGUCUUGCAUAAAAUGUUACUCAGAGCGCCGCUGAUUAUACCAAUCCAACCUCCAAUUGCCCUCUGCCUUGAUUCCUCCCCGGGCCACAAGGGAUUGCCGACAGCCGUCGCCAUGAACACGCCCAAUAAUCCCUUUCUUCGGCUGGUGGUGGCCCCCAUUAUCGCCCUGCUUUAUGGUUCACAUUACGCGUUCAGGCAAAUGAUGGGGAAGCCACCGAUGUUUGGCGACGUUCGGGUCGUGGCCCUCGAGCCCGCAGUCCUCCCUUUCGCGGUCGAAGAUGGGAGUCCUGGUCGGACAGCCCCUCGCCUCUACAUUUAUUCCGAGGCGGACAAGGUUACAUCGGCGAAGGGCGUGAGGCUGCAUGCCAAACAGGCGAUUGGCUGUGGGCUCGAUGUCAGCGAGGAGAGGUUCGAAAAUAGCCCUCAUGUCGCACAUGCACGCACCGAUCAUGAAAGAUACUGGAAAGCCGUCAAUGACUUGUGGAUACGAGCCGCAGGGAAGGGACUCUAG